AUGUAUGAAUAUUUCAUCUUUAUUAUUCUUAUUAUUUUCAUUUCAAAUGUUUCAACAAUAAAUAAUAUUGAUGAUAUAUAUUCAUUAGAAACAUGUAAUAUUCCAGAAGAAUUCUCAUAUAUAACACAAGAUGAAUUUGAUAUUCGUUAUGGUGGUGAUGAAAAAAAUUUUUCUAGACCAGUUGUUUUUCGUCAAAUACCAAUGAAUAAACAAUUUCUUAAUAUGAUUCAACUUGAUUCAAUACUUCAUCGUUAUGGUAAUAAAUAUAUAACAGUAACAACAGCAAAUACAUAUUCAUAUCAAAAAGAAUAUAUUAAAUUAAAUGAUUAUAUUAAUUUACAAAAAAAAUUAUCAAAAACAACACAAUGGGGAAAUGAAACUCUUUAUUGGUUUGGUGAUGAUUUAUUAAAUGAUCAAAAAUGGCUUAAUGAAAUUCUUCAAUAUUAUAAAUCACCAUCAUAUAGUGUUGGUGAUUUUAUUCAUCCAUCAUUAAGUUUUGGUAUCGGUGGUCAAGGUACUGGUGUACCAUUUCAUUUUCAUGGUCCUGGUUUUCAACAAAUAAUAUUCGGUAGAAAACGUUGGUAUUUAUCUUUAGAAAAACCUUUAUUUGAUCCAAAUGAAACAACAAUUCAAUGGUCAAUUGAAAAACGAUUUACAUAUAAACAACCAUUUAUUUAUGAAUGUACAUUAUAUCCUGGUGAUAUUAUUUUUUUUCCUAAUUUAUGGUGGCAUGCAACAUUAAAUUUAGAUUUUUCAAUUUUUCUAUCAACAUUUUUAAGUUUAUAA